UUGUGCUUGUAUUUAUAACGUGACCGAUUCUUUUAUAAAUAUAAAUGUAUAGUCGUUUGCACGAAAUCAAAUUAAAACUAAAUGAAUUGCAGAAAACAACGAUAUAAAUAUUAAAAAAAAAUUGAACACAACAUCGAUUUUCCAGUAAUUCAAAGGCCUAACGCUCAAUGUGAAGUGCAACUAUGGUGCAUCUAACCUAAAAAAAUCAUACAACUAGUGGUUCGUUGCUAAAACUGUGUCAGUGGGCGUCGUGUUCGGCCCCUUGCCCUUGGCGUUAAAGGUAUCGGGUUGAGCGAUGAAGGAGCGUAAAUAUAGGGCAAUAAACAGUAUAUACAUUGAACAGGCGUAGCAAAACAGAAAACGAAAACAAUACCCGGCGUUAUUGCCACGAAGUUAAAUAGUAAAGCACAAAACGUAAUAACGAAAUAAGUUCAAUUGUUUGUUCAAUUGUCCGUUUGAAUUUGGAAAAACUUUAGCUGGCGUUAAAAGUUGACGAGCACUUUCAGUCUUAUCGCGACACUUCAACCAAACGCAAGCGGAUAAAAAAGCAGUUGAAUUAAAGAAUCAAAAGUACAAGUGAUUCUAUUGCAUAGUGCAAUAAACAAUGCGGGCCUCAAGCGACUUACAAUCGCCUACCAGCGAAAUAGUGCUAUUAACGCCAGCUAGUGAAACGGCGCCGAAUGUUAGCAAAGACGAUGACGCAACUACGACGGUGGGCAAUGGCGAUGCGGGCGGCCAACGUGAAGGAUCCGCUGAAUCGAAUAGCAGCGCUGUGCGUAUGAAAAAACAAUUAGGCCUACUAGAGGGUGUCGCCAUCAUAUUGGGUAUUAUAUUUGGUUCUGGCAUUUUCAUAUCACCCAAAGGUGUGAUACGCGAAGUGGAAGCGGUGGGCACAUCGCUCGUCAUUUGGGUGCUAUGUGGCAUGCUGUCGAUGAUUGGCGCACUUUGUUAUGCUGAAUUGGGUACGGCAAUACCCAAGUCUGGCGGUGAUUAUGCGUAUAUACUGGAAGCGUACGGUUCACUGCCAGCAUUCCUCUACCUUUGGGACGCGAUGAUGAUAUUUGUCCCUACAACGAACGCCAUUAUGGGCCUCACAUUUGCCUCCUACGUGCUUCAGCCGUUCUUCGACAAUGAAUGCAGCAUACCGCAAAGCGCACUACAACUGCUGGCCGCAGUCACUAUAUGCUUCCUUACCUACCUUAAUUCGUGUUACAUGAAAGUAACUACGAAAAUGCAAAAUAUAAUUAUGUUCACCAAAAUAGCUGCGUUGGUGUUAAUUAUCAUUGUGGGCGUGACAUGGAUGUGUUUUGGCCACGUUGAGAACUUUGAUCACCCCUUCGAAAAUACACAGACUGAUCCGGGCAAGCUGUCCGUUGCAUUCUAUUCGGGCAUUUUCUCCUACGCUGGUUGGAAUUAUUUGAAUUUUAUGACAGAGGAACUACGUGACCCAUAUAAGAAUCUGCCGCGCGCUAUUUAUAUUUCAUUGCCGCUAGUGACGGCAAUUUAUGUGCUCGCCAACAUGGCCUACUUGGCGGUGUUGUCGCCAGCAGAAAUGAUUGCCUCCGAUGCGAUUGCAGUGUCCUUUGGUAGUCGUGUGCUCGGUCUAUGGUCUUUCAUUAUACCCAUUAUGGUGGCGAUUUCUGCUUUUGGUGGUCUUUCCGUACACAUAAUGACUUCGUCUCGGAUGUGCUUUGUGGGUGCACGUAACGGUCAUAUGCCAGCGAUCUUGUCAAAUAUAAGUGUGAAGCAAUUUACGCCAGUGCCUUCGUUGGUGUUUUUGUGUAUUUUGUCGCUUAUAAUGCUGGUCGUAAGCGAUGUUUAUGUGCUCAUCACUUAUAGCAGCAUAGUGGAGUCGUUUUUCAUAAUGCUGUCAGUGUCGGCCGUACUAUAUUUCCGCUACACCCGCCCCAAUAUGGAGCGUCCAAUUAAGGUCUCACUCUGGAUACCUGCCCUCUUUGUGGUUAUUUGUGCCUUUCUCGUGGUCGUGCCUGUCUAUGUGGCGCCCUAUGAAGUCGGUAUGGGUGUUCUGAUAACGGUGAUAGGUGUGCCAUUCUAUUACGUCGGUGUCGUGUGGAAGAAUAAGCCAAAGUGUUUACAGACUGCAAUUAACCAUUUGACAUACGUGUGCCAAAAAAUGUUUAUGUCAGCCAAAGAAGAGAAAUAUGAAUGAUUCAUUUAUUGUGUCAAAGCAAUAGCCAUCGUCAUUCUGUUUGUUUAUUAGUACUAUUGGCUGUUAUCUUAUUUAUGAUUUUUUUUUUUUGAUAGGAAUUAAUAGUCAGUAAUCAUCCAUCGUUUGUACAAUUGUUUGUAAUGCAUGUAUUGUAUUUGGUGCAUUGUCGUAUAUGUUAGGCGAAUAUGUUACAAGUCAGAAAGUUGUAUUCCUAUAGAAAUAUACACACACACACACACACAUACACGUUAUUGUGCUACAAUCGAGGUACCACGUAUGCAGCGCAGAGAUACUGAAUCAUUGUUGCUAUUUACGAUUUUGAGGAGAUUCAAGCCUCAGUAUAACGAUAAGCUUAAGAAAAAACUAAUUAAACCAAAGUUUCAAUAUAUUUAAUUAAUAAUGAAAUGCUUAAAAGUGUUCCUAGAAAAUUGUUCAAUUUUUCUCAGAGAAAAUUCAACUGCAAAAAAUGUUUUUAAAUUAAUUUAUUUCCUUUUAUUUUACAGAAAAAUUAUAUUCAAAUUUACAGAUUUGCUUUUCUCUAAUCAAAUGCCAUAAAUUUAGGUAUGCAAAUUGCAGCUUUACUUACAGUUAAGCUUUUGGCUUCCAUUAAUUGCAUAGUAAACAGCUGCUAUGGUUAGAUUAGAUUAGUUUAGAUUCGUGGGGGGUUGGACAAGUCCAAGCACUCAGUCAGUAGACCAGUAGAUCAGUAGACCAAAGAUAAAGAAUGGGUGGUAAGACGGAUAAAUUAGUUUGAGGUCACUCUUCCACAAAUCUCUUAGAUUCAUUGAAGAAUCAUAAGAGAUCCGGAAGAGGAAGAGUAGAACUUUAUCCAUACCCAGUAUGUCGCAACCCAAUAUCCUUAGACUGAUUCUGGAACACACCAGACAGCUACAGAGAAAAUGCUCUGCAGUGUCGUCAUUUUCAAGACAGGAUAGGCAUAUCGAGCUGUCUACGACCCCCAUGGUAGCCACAUGCUGACCACAGACGUUGUGCCCUGUGAUUACACCCACCAGUAGUCUCUGGUCCUUUCUGUUGAGUUUUAGGAAAAAGGUCGCUAUUUUCUUGUUUGGUUCUUGCACAAAGCACUUGCCUACUCUGCACGAGUUCAACCCAGACCAACGUCCUCUAUGGGUAGACUUCAUGAAGUCGUCAAUCCAUAGUUGAAUCGAUUCGGAAUUGACACCUAGUAAGGGUUCAGGGCCUAGUGGCAUAUUUAUAUAUAUAUAUAUCAUUGGCGCGUACACCCUUUAUGGGUGUUUGGCCGAGCUCCUCCUCCUAUUUGUGGCGUGCGUCUUCACGUUGUUCCGCAAAAUGGAGGGACCUACAGUUUCAAGCCGACUCCGAACGGCAGAUAUUUUUUAUGAGGACAUUUUUCAUGGCAGAAAUACACUCGGAGGUUUGCUAUUGCCUGCCGAGGGGCGACCGCUAUUAGAAAAAUGUUUUUCUUAAUUUUGGUGUUUCACCCAGGUUCGAACUUACGUUCUGUCUGUGAAU